AAAAAAUAUAUAUAAAUAAAUAUAGAAAGCCUCCUUGUUGUGAUGGUUCCCAAAGCUCUAGAUUUGUUUUGUUGAAAUUUCUUCUUUUUUUUUGUUGGUUUUUCUUUUUAUUUUUCUGUCUUAAAUCUCUCUCCAAAUCUACCUUUCAAAUUUUCUUACACCCUUUUCUUCUGUUCUUUGUUUUGUUUUGUCUCAAAACCUUCUAAAAAAAAUCUUCUCCAUUCCCUCCCCACCCUUUUUGUUGUUGUCGUUGUUGUUUUCAUUUGAUUCUUUUGUUUACCCAAUCCUUCAAAAAUAAUGGGUCUUUUGAGUCUUCUUGGACAGGCUUGUAACUGAAAAGAUCAUACGAAAUUCUUCAUUGUUUCAUAAGAUUAAUGUUGUCUGCAUUUAUAUAUGUGUCUUUGAUUUCUGAAACUUCUGUUGCGGGUUGGGAAAUUGAGCAGAAACCGGAUCAAAUACUUAGGGUCAAUAGAGUUCCCAGUGUUGAUUUUAUGAACAAGCUGAUUGCUGGGUCAUUUGGGUGAGAAUAUGUAAGUUAUGGUAUCAGCAUCAUUAAUGCGAAUUGUGUCGCCCUGCUGGAGGCCUUCUGUUGAGGGUGAAAAUUCUAGUAGAGGUGGGGAUGCUAAUGGUAGGGUUGAUGGAUUGUUGUGGUACAAAGAUUCAGGACAACAUGUUACUGGCGAGUUUUCAAUGGCAGUAAUUCAAGCAAACAAUCUUUUGGAAGACCAUAGCCAGCUUGAAUCGGGUCCAAUGAGCUCAGUUGAAUCAGGGCCUCAUGGGACAUUUGUUGGAAUUUAUGAUGGUCAUGGAGGUCCAGAAGCUGCUAAGUUUAUAACUGAACACCUUUUUGGUCAUAUCAAGACUAUUAAUGGUGCAGAGUUUACAUCUGAGAAUCAUGGAAUGUCAGCUGAUGUAAUCAACAAAGCAUUUUUGGCAACCGAAGAGGAUUUUCUUACUCUUGUCAAGAAGCAGUGGCUAAGUAAGCCACAAAUUGCUUCUGUUGGUGCAUGUUGUUUGGUAGGGAUAAUUUGUAGUGGACUGCUAUACAUUGCAAAUGCAGGAGAUUCUCGAGUGGUGUUAGGAAGACUGGAAAAAGCCUUUAAAGAGGUCAAAGCAGUUCAGUUAUCAUCUGAGCACAAUGCAAGUGUGGAAUCUGUGCGGGAGGAGUUGCGAUCAUUGCAUCCUGAUGAUCCACAGAUUGUGGUCCUGAAGCACAAGGUGUGGCGCGUGAAGGGUAUAAUACAGAUUUCAAGAUCCAUUGGUGAUGCUUAUCUAAAGAAGGCAGAAUUCAACAAAGAACCUCUAUUGCCAAAGUUUAGACUUCCAGAACCAUUCCAAAAGCCAAUCUUACAAGCUGAGCCAGCAAUAUUAGUGCAGAAACUCCAUCCUGAAGAUCAGUUUCUAAUAUUUGCAUCAGAUGGUCUAUGGGAGCACCUUAGCAAUCAGGAGGCGGUUAACGUGGUCAACACCUGUCCACGUAAUGGUAUUGCCAGGAGACUUGUCAAAGCUGCACUUCGUGAAGCAGCAAAGAAGAGGGAAAUGAGAUACUCAGAUUUGAAGAAGAUUGACCGCGGGGUGAGGAGACAUUUUCAUGAUGAUAUAACAGUGGUUGUUUUGUUUCUGGAUUCCCAUCUGAUAAGCCGCAGCUACUGGCGUGGACCCAUGGUUUCAAUCCGAGGUGGUGGUGGAUAAAUGGCAACUCCUAGUGCAACUGGGUCCUAGACCUCAAAUCACAUGCUGCGCGUUCUCUCCUUUUGUAUCAAGAAAACUUUUUUCUUUUUCCUUUUAAAGAGAAGAAAUUGAAAAUGAUUUUUUUUCCAAUGUAUAGCACGAAAUCCAGGAACUUGUAUCCCUAAAGCCAUAAGAGAAUUAUCUAUAGAUGGUAGUUAACAGUUAGAGAUUGCCUAAAGAGAAAUUGUCCUUGGAAGUUUGCUCUGGCGACUGACGCAUGAUAGCUGGAAAAUUUAUAAAUUCAUUUGACAUCUAUGGUAUCCAUCCAUUUGCCUUAAGAAUGGUACCAAAUUUGCUAUUAACUGUAAUUACAUGUUUGUUGUGGUUCAGUUCUUGCUUCCUAAUUUCA